AUGUCAUUCAAGUUAAGAAAACCCAUUGUCAUCACUGUAAACACUGUAAACGAGCAGACCACCGUCAGCGAAGCGAUAAACGACGUUCAUCUCCCAACAACAACAACAACGAUCGAUGCGCUCCCCCUUAAUCGGACACCAUCUAAUCAAAGGUCUUUCAUACCGUCAACUUUUAAUGUCUCCUCGCCGUCAUCAAUUUCGACAUCCGUAUCGCCCGCAUCAUCUGGCGGCACGCACUCUUACCGUUUUUUUGGAUCAAAAAAAUCGAAAUCACAAUUACGUAAGAGCAUUUCGAUGGUGAACGUGAGAUGGAAUGAUUAUGAAGUGUUCGCUCAUAAUUCUGGAUAUAACAAUAAUUUAAAAAAUAAUUUGGAAUUGAUGUCAACUAACAAGGCUAAUACGCCCAAUGAAGUUACAUCAUCUUUGAGCUUUGGAAUAGCGUCCAAUGGUGGAUCGCUCGCCACGAACAAUACUGUUGGUGAUAAGAGUGGACUCAUCUAUAAAGGAUCAAUGAGAAAAUGGCGUAGUUUUUCUAGUCUCUAUGAUAAAAACUCAGAGACUAGUGGAAUAAAAAUUGAACCAACACUAAGAGACAUACGAGAGGAGAAUAUUGAGGAUUUCAAGAAAAAAAACAUAAGGAAUUUACGUGAAAAGAAGCAUUUAGAAAUAGUAAAAGGAAGUAAGAGUGAUAGAAGCUUGAGUAGUGGUGCAGGAAGGAGAGCGGAAAACGAUAAAGAAGAUAUUUCUGAAGAUCCGAGCGUGAAAAGCAAUGUUAGGGCGAUCUACGAGUAUUACCAUAUUACCUCGCCCAAAGGUGAUGUGAUUAGCGAUCAGUUUUGUGGAGUGGCUGAUAGAUAUGGGUUCAUUAUAAUAGAAGAAGAGGAAAAAUGCGAAUUACUGGGCUUGACACCACAUGAAAUAAGAUUUGAGAAGAAGGAAGCCCAAAGAUCAGAGAAAUGGGUCAAAUGGGUUUCCGCGAGCAAAUUUGUGAAAAAAUCUGGCAACUUUGGAAUCACCAGUUAUGUAUUUCCUUGGGAUACCAAGUUUCAAAACAGAAUAUACAAAGGCAUACCCGAUUCUUGGAGGCAGCCUGUGUGGCAUUUCUUAUUAACAAAUGGAGGCGCCGAAUCGGAAUUUGAUGAUAAUUUGAUUCGAACUUACAAUACAUUAUUAACAUUACCAUCACAGCACGAGCGGCAAAUAGACCUGGACAUACCGCGCACAUUAAAUUCACAUAUCAUGUUUCGAACUAGAUAUGGACCUGGCCAAAGGGCACUAUUCAAUGUAUUAAGGACAUUCUCAAAUUAUGACAAACAAGUGGGAUACUGUCAGGGGAUGACAAACAUUGUCGCCAUACUGUUAAUGUAUUAUGCUGAAGAAAGUGCAUUUGUAAUGUUAACAAAAUUAUUUACCAGAUGUAAUCUACACAAUUUGUAUAUACCCGGCUUUCCCGCAUUAUUGGAAAGCUUUUAUGUGCAGGAAAAGUUGAUGACGUUGUAUGCACCCAAAAUUUCUGAAAAUUUUGUGAGUAUCGUCUUUUUACGCUUUCUAGUGUUGCUUUAUUUGACAGCCUACGCAACAAGGUGGUAUAUCACGUUAUUCGCAGGUGAUGUGGUGCCUCACCAUACCAUGUUAAGGAUAUGGGAUUUACUGAUGCUAAAUGGAUUUGACGUGUUGUAUUUUGUGGCCGUUGCUCUGUUGAAAUAUCACAAAACCACCUUAUUAAGUUCGACGUUCGAACGUAUCAUGAUAUUAUUAUCAACCACGUUGACGAUAGAGGAUGACGAUCGGUUGGUAAGGAAAGUAAGCAAAUUGUAUGAACGAAGAGGAAGGAAAAGAUUGGUUGAUACUUUAAAAGCCGAGUAUAGGAGUCAAAUUAAAUAG